AUGUGGCAUGUACCUACUCCAACGUGGUUCUUGAAAGACGCCAUCCGGGAGAUGCGCAAUAUUAACGAAGCACUCGACGAUCAAUCGUACUUCCCUGGGCUAGGAGCACUGAGGCAAUGA